CCACGACUCUGAUGGAGGCCACGGGCGACAAGGAUCCCCUCGUCCAGGAGCAGAUCUUCAGCGCCCUCUGUGCUUUGGGCCAGGCGGAGCCCGAGGAGGUCUUGAACGCUUGCGAGGAGCACCUGCGGCAGCACGAGAAGCUGGCCCACCCCCACCGGGUCAUUCUCCUGAGGGCCAUGGAAGCCGUGGUGAAGAGCAGCCUGGCUCAGCUGGACAAGAGCACGGCCAAGAUCGUCAUCUUCUUGGCCUCCAGCGAGAUGACCAAGUCUAAGGAGGCUUUUCCAGAGUGGCAGCAAGCCGCCAGCACCGUCCUGGUCGCCGUGGGGAGGCGUUUCAUCAACCAGGUGAUGGAGGAGAUGCUGACCAAGUUCCAGCCAGGGGUCUUACCCCACUGCUUCGUGGUGCUGACCUUCGCCAACCUCUCGGUGACCAAUGUGUUCGGGAUGGUCCCCUUCCUCAACUCCAUCCUGGGGACGAUGCUGCCCAUGCUGCCCCUGGCCAGGCAGGACAACGCGAAGUCCGUCUUCUGCUACGCCUUGCAGUACUUCAGUGAGAGCAUCCUGGAGUACCUGGCCAACCUGGACAAGGCGCCCGACCCGACGGUGAGGCGAGACACCUUCUCCAGCGAGGUCUUCAGUGCCUACGAAGUCCUCUUCAACUGCUGGCUGCCGAGCAGGGAGGCCAAGGUGAGGCUGGCCGUGGUGGAGGCCCUGGGGCCCAUGAGCCACCUGAUGCCCAGUGAGAAGCUGGAGGAGCAGCUGCCGCGCCUGAUCCCGGGCAUCCUGGCCCUCUACCGGAAGCCGGCAGAGGCCUACUACAUAUCCAAGAGCCUGUGCCAGAUCCUGGAAGCCUCGGUCAAUAUCGGGAGCCGGACUCUGGACACGCAGCUGGACGUCCUCCUUGGGACCCUCCACCUCCAGCUCUGCGCCCCCCUGGACUCGUACCAGUCCACCUCCCUGAAGAACCACAACGAGGUUCUCCGCUGCUUCACCGUCUUAGCUGCUUCGUUCCCUGACCGCUUGCUCGGAUUUCUGCUCCCAAAGUUGGAGUCCAGCAACGAGAAGACGCGCCUGGGCACCCUGACGGUCCUGCGCCAGGUCAUCAACAGCGCCCCCGCUCAGAUGGAGAUGAAGAAGCCGUUUCUCCUGUCCUCCAUGAAGCUCCCCCUGCAGGACCACAGCAAUAAGGUGAAAUGGGCCUUGGUGCAGAUGGUCAGUGCCAUGGCCCACCACGGCUACCUGGAGCAGCCGGGCGGAGAGGCCCUGAUCGAGUUCCUGGUCCGCCAGUGCGCCCUUCCCGCCGAGCAGGCCACCCCGCAGCCCCCCCUGGACCCGGAGGAGGUGACGGACAGCCAGGUCAGGAGCAUCAGUGCCAAUACGCUCUUCCUGCUCAGCAGCACCGUGGACCGGAUGGUGGAUGUCCUCUGGCCGUCCCUGCUGGGCUUUGUGACCCCCGUGGCCUUGACCCCCGCCUUGCCCCCCCUCUGCAAGAGCCUCCUGGCCCUGGCCGCCCAGAAGCAGGAGCAGGGGGACUCCCAGCAGCAGCUCCUCUACGACCCGGGGGGAAACCUCCCGUCCCCCCACGCUCUGAUGUCUCGGCUGCUGAUCGUGGCCUCCCAGCCCUUCCUGGGGGGGCCCCGUGGGGCGGGGGCCCUGCGCCUGCUGCUAGUCCUGCGCCUGAGCGUCCACCCAGCCGCCGAGCCCCUCUGGACCAGCAGCCUCCCUGCUCUGCUGCAGCACCUGGAAGCUACCACGGAGGCCUCCCUGUCUCUGAAGGACUGGCAGGACCAGCUGCUCCAGUUCCUCCAGAAGACCCUGGACGCCAUUUCGGACGUGCCCUGGACCGCCCAGCUGGUCUCGGAAAUGUGCAGGCAGCUGAGUGGCUACAACGGCCUCUCUCCGGAGAAGAACUUCCUCUACAAGGCCAUCGGGGUGAGCCUGGCCGCUUGUGCCAACAAGGACCUGGUGCGGAAACAGCUUCAGGAGCUGCUGGAGACGGCGCGAUACCAGGAGGAGGCGGAACGAGAG